UGUAUUGACCCAGCAGUUACGUCCAUGAAUCUACCUGUAUUCUACCAUGGAACAUUUUUUAAUUUUGUUGAGUUCAUCGGUGACUUUCUUUCCACUGUUAUUCUAAACAAGACGUAUUUUUGUUUUGGUUUCAUAAUUUAUUGGCCAUUUUAUUUUCACUCAAUGUUCUUAAUAACUUUCUUUGGAAUAGAAACUACAAUUCAGGGAGAAAAGGCCUUCAUGAGACAUCUUGGAAGAUGCAAUCUACAUCGCUGGAUAAAAAACUGCAGGGAUUUCAGCUUAUAGCUCAAGAGAAAUUGCAGGCAAUUCUCUGUUCCAUUCCUGGCAAAAAAGACUUAAUAAUCGAACCCAAUCUGAUUAAACCUCUUGAACAUAUUUGUGCAGCAUCAUGGCUAAAAUUGAAGGGCGUACAACGCAUUUUCAAGCUGGAUGCCAACAAUGCGAUUACUCGUUCCUCUGAUCAAGUGCAGUUGUAUAUGAUGCGCAGUGACCUGACAACAUUUUAUCGUGUUAUUGAACAAAUAAAAUUAAUCAGGAGCACAGAAAUGCACGGAUCUGAUGAUACAAGUUUCAAAUAUUAUCAUAUAAUUUGUGUUCCUUCAUGUUUUGGAUAUUUCGUUCAGCUCUUGGAACAUGAAGGCCUUUAUGGCGUAGUUAGCCUACAUAGAUUCAGCUGGGAUUUCAUUCACUUGGACGAAGGCUUGUUAACUAUGGAAGUGCCAAAUGUCUUUUCCACAGCUUUUAUGCUAUCAGAUUGUUCUCUAAUACCCGCAAUAAGUCGCAGUUUACGGGUUCUACAAAUCCUAUGUGGACGUCCUGAAAUCAUCAUGACCUACGGCGUACAUUCGCAAAACAUUUUAAAUAUGUUAAAUAAUUUGGGACCAUUUCCAAAAAGAGCAAAUGAUAAUAAUGAAUCCGAUUUCUCGGCCAUGUUAAUAAUAGAUCGUGACAAAGACUUUGCAUCGCCCUUAUUGACCCCUGCAACAUAUUCCGGUCUACUAUUGGAGAUCUUUAAAAGUAAUGCUGGAAUGCUUGAAUUAGAGUUAAACAAAAACAAAAUUUUACAAGAGAAAUUAUCAAUAUUUUCCGUGCCAUCUAAAAAAGACAAAGACAAGGCAUCGAAUAAAAACGACACAAAAAAUACUAAAACAUCAGUAAUACGUUUGAGUGGCGUGCAUGAUGAAAUUUAUGCGGAAAAUCGGUACAGACAUUUUGCGGCAGCAAGCAGUCAAAUUCGUCAGCAAGCCAAAGCGAUGAGCAUGGAGCUGCAAAAACUUAACAACAUGAAAUUGGAUGAAAUGCACGAUUAUGUUAACCGUAAACUGCCAAAAAUUACCGAAAUGAAAACUAAAUUAUUGAGGCACUUAAAUGCCAGUGAAAAAGUCAUUGAAAUGCUUGGUUCCAAUUAUCGACGGGUUCAGGCUCUAGAAGAAGACAUUCUAAACAAUGUAUCACGUAAGAAAAUUCUGGGUGACAUUGAUGAACUUUUAACAACAGAUGGACACAAAUACAAUACUUUGCGAAUGCUAUGCCUAUUACAUGUGUGUGCUGGCAUAACAUCCGAUGAACUUUCACAAUUCAUUAGAAAUUACUGUAACUACUUUGGGUUGAAAUAUUUAGUGGUAUUUCAAAACCUAGCUCAAAUUGGAUUGCUACCAGUGCCAGGAGAAGAGACUGUAAACAUAUUGUCUACUCCACUGAAUAAAAAGGCAACAAAACUUCUUUCCAAUAUUCCUCUUAAUAUUCCUAAAUUUCAGCAAACGCAAUUUCAAGCCAAUGCAAAUCGCUUAAAACUCAUGGUCUCAACGGCUGGAGCCGAAGAAUUGGACAAUGUAUCAAUGGCUUCGUCAUCAUCUGCUUCGAUUUCAACUACUGCAUCGACUUCAAACACAACGGCAUGUCCUAGUUAUGUAUUCAAUCGGCUGUAUAUACCACUUGUGGCCCAAUUAUGUUCAUUUCUAUUGAAAUCAUCCAAUAUCGAUGAUUUGGUUACAAAACUGUCUAUGAUUGAGCAAAUUCAAAUUAAUAGCCAGUCAUUGAAAUCUUAUGGUCAGAGUGUUAAACAAGGUAAUGCAAAGGAUUUGCCGUUGAAAAAUCGAAACAUAUUUGUAUAUGUGGUGGGAGGCAUUACAUAUGCUGAAAUUGCUGCUUGUGACCUUAUAUCGAAAAUAACAGAAUCUCAGGUGUUCGUUGCAUCAGAUUGUAUAUUAUCAGGUAGUGAUCUGAUAGCGGGAGCAUUUAAUGGAACUGUGUAAAAUACACGAAGACCAAGGGACAAAUGCGCAAAUUUAUGUUUCACAAACAAGUUUUUGACAAUUUUUUUAGCCGAUUGAUAUUAUCAUGUUAUUGUUCUUGUCAUGGAUAUUAUAUACAUACAGUUGUGAAAAGAUGUUUAUAAUUUUUUAAAAAAUAAAAGGAAAUAUUUUUGUAUUAUUUAUAUUUUGCAUACAAAAA